UUGCGCUUUUAAAAUGUCCAACAUUUCCGAGGAGAGGAACGCUUCUCCCAAGCGCUUCGGCCAGUGUGCUUACACAGCCGAAGAGCAGCGGGCCGUUCACAAUGCACUGCGACAGAAGCUGGGACCAGAAUUCAUCAGUAGCAGACUGGCUGGCGGAGGACAGAAGGUGUGCUACAUCGAGGGCCACCGUGUGAUCAGUCUGGCCAACGAGAUGUUUGGAUACAACGGCUGGUCUCACUCCAUCUCGCAGCAGAACGUCGACUUCGUGGACCUGGUCAACGGGCGGUUUUAUGUCGGCGUCAGCGCUUUCGUCAAAGUGCAGCUGAAGGACGGAGCGUUCCACGAGGAUGUGGGCUACGGCGUGAGCGAGGGGCUCAAGUCCAAGGCUUUGUCCCUGGAGAAAGCGAGAAAGGAGGCCGUCACCGACGGCAUGAAGAGAGCGCUCAAGUGCUUUGGGAACGCCCUCGGAAAUUGCAUCCUAGACAAAGCAUACCUUCAGGCUAUUAACAAGCUCCCCAAGCAGACGCCGCCCGCUUUCGAUCCGGCCCGGACCAAGCGCUCGGAAAGCGAACCCUCCGUGGAGAAGGCUCGUUUCGACAGUCUGGUCCGAGAGGCUCGACCGGGGCCCGCCGCCGCCGCCGUCGCGCCGUCGGAGCCUCGAAUCGACAACUUGAGGGACGAAACGCACGCUCCUCACGCUGGCGACGUUCAAAGUGAGGGCGCCGUCUCGAGACAGGCGGCGGCGGACGCGUCGUCUUCGUCGUCCGAGUCGCACACGGACCUCAAGCAGCUGCGCAAGCUGCGGCAACAGCAGCUGCAGCAGAAGUUCCGCAGGGAGAUGGAGGCCAAGAGGCUGCAGCAGAAGCAGGAGGACACCGAGGCGGAGAACGUGGAAGGAGGAGACGAUCCCGAACUGUGGAAUUUCACCCUGAAUUUUGAGGGGUCGGACACCCCCAACAGGGAGCUCAGGCCGAGCACACCCAACAAUCACAAGAUGCAGACGCGCAGCAAGACCCCGCAAAGGAGCUCCGCCACUGUGCCUGAGGAGCAGCAGUCGCCUCCGCAUCAAGCCAGACCAGUUGAAACCUCGAGUCCAUACCGAGCUGGGCAGUCCAUGAAGAAACGCAGACUGGAUACAUGACGUUGACCUCCUUUAUUUCUAUUUAUUUUAGUGUUUUAUCUGAAUUGUUGCUGUUACUUGUAUAAAGGUUGUCAAGUUUUUGCCUUA